GAAGUAUCACAUAUUCAUUAGAAUCUUAAUUUUUGCCAUCCCUCUUUUAUUCUCUCUAUCCAACUAACUGAUAUACCUGUCUAUCUAAAUUCAUACUUUCUUAUGUUUAAGCCCACUGCUGCUAACAUCAAGAUCAACCACCCUAAUUACAUUCUAAUCCUAUUCCUUCUUCAAUCUCACUGUUUCUUGAAAUCAAUUGAUAGGAAUAAUUGUUAUUAUUAUUGUAUUCUCCCAUCCAAAUGUCACUAAAUUUCAAUGCCUCUGUUCUUUUUUUGUUCUUCCCGAUAAUCAGGGUGGUCUUUCCAGGAGUAAUGGGUGCUAAUUUUAUGGUGAUUAACAGAUGUGAUUAUACAGUAUGGCCCGGAAUAUUGGGUAAUGCGGGCAGUGCCGGGUUGGGCAGUACCGGAUUCGAACUUCCGCCGGGCGGGUCACGGGCCUUUCAAGUCUCUUCGAGCUGGUCGGGUCGGAUCUGGGGCAGAACCGGCUGCGCAUUUGAUGCCGGAACGGGUCAGGGGAGCUGCGCCACCGCCGACUGCGGCUCCAAUCAAAUAGAGUGUAAUGGCGCCGGCGCGACACCGCCGGCGACACUAGCGGAGUUCACGAUCGGAAAUUCGGGGAGUCAAGAUUUCUACGACGUCAGCCUGGUCGACGGAUACAACUUGCCGAUGCAAGUGGAGGCCAUUGGCGGGUCUGGAGCUUGCGGGUCGACGGGGUGCGCGGCGGAUUUGAACCGGAUGUGCCCGGAGGCGCUGCGGGCCAGGGAUGGGCAGGCGUGCAGCAGCGCGUGCGAAGCGUUUGGGAGUCCGGAAUACUGUUGCAGCGGCGCGUAUGGUUCACCUUCCACGUGUAAGCCGUCGUCGUAUUCGGUGAUGUUCAAAACGGCUUGCCCGAGAUCGUAUAGCUACGCCUACGAUGACGCCACCAGCACUUUUACCUGUUUGGGAGCCGAUUAUAAGAUUACCUUCUGUCCUUCCACCACAAGCCAAAUGCAAAGAUCCUCCUCUACACCUGUACUAUUGCCCUCUCCGGUCAUCGGAAUAUCCUCGACGAGUGUACCUCCGACGGUCAACCAAACUAGCGGUGUUUUGGAUCCCGGCCACCAGGAUGGGUUGGUGAAUGGAUGGAUUCGAGGAAUCAUAGGAGGAGGAGAAUCAUCAUCAUCGGCAAAAAUGUCACAUUUUGCCUUGCAUUACAAGUCACCAUUGACAGCACUUCCCCUACUUAUGCUGAUUUUUCUUCACUUGACUUGUAAUUAAAGUAACUCAUUCUUGAUUUCCCAUUCUUCCAUUUGUAUAAUAUAAUCCACAGACAUGAUGACGUUGGAGGCACGUUUGGGAAAAGGCUCCCAAUUUCAAUCAUGCAUGUAUAAAAGUUAUCUAAUUGGUUGGUUAUUAGCACUUUAUUUGUUGCUGUUUGCAGCUAACUUGUG